UACAUAAAACAUAAAAACAAUAAAACACCAAAAAUAUAAAUAAAUGAGCAAAUAAUAAACUUACUUUAAACAAGGAUAAUUAAACCAGGAAAUUGGCAAAAUGCCAAAGGCACAUAAAACUGAUCCAGCUCAACGAACUCUUCUAACUGAAGCCGAGCAGAAAGAGAGGCAAAAAAAUAACGUAUCCCGUUUGCAGGAUAUUGUAUCCACAUGUGCCAAUUUUAAAAAUUUCCUGGCCAGUUUCAAGGAGAUCGAGGGACAGCGAGCGGAGAAGGAGAGCUGGGAUCAGUAUAUGCAAUGUGAUGACUUGCCAGAUCCCAAGUCACCUGUAGAUAUCCAAACUUAUCUAUCAAGACUGCGGUACUAUGAGGACAUCGACACCGCAAACUCAACAAACUGGACGCUGGCAGUGGAUGAGCGUAGUGUGCUGACCCAAAACAUAUUUAAGAAGAACCGAACGCGAAAGGCUUUGGAGAAAACCAACCCUACCAGUCCAGCUCCAUAUUUCGAAGUGAAUGUGAGGAACUGCCUGGAACUGCUGCGGCAAAUGGAUGUCCUGAUGGGCAAUGAGGUGGAAAUGGGGAGAAUAGCUUGGAGUAGACUGAUUGAAAUUCAUAACGUCUAUGGCGAUGUCCAACGAGAGAUCCAAAUGUUAUUCGAUCGACUCACUUAUCGGGUAUUGGCCAUACAAAAGUUGUCCAUGAAGUCCAUCGAUGGAAUAGUGGCUACGUGGAGUCAUUCGGCCGAACGAUGGCGCAUGGAUAUCUGGGGUCUCCUCAACGUUCCCGUUAUCUUCGAACAAAUGGAAUUUCCAGCAAUGAUUGCCGAGUUGCCAUCCACUGGUGUCCAGGUUCAGAUGCCGCUGAGUAUCCUUGCCGAUUGCCUAACAGUCCGGUGUGUUCACACCAGCUUCGACCAUCACUCGAAGGAUGCUAAAACCUUCGAGCUGGAGGUGAUCGACAACGAGGAGUCAUCUGUCGGCAUUGUCGAUAUGGAGGAGUCGGCCACCACCGAAUUGCUGAUACAGCAGGAACUCCAAGACGAGAUCCUGAUGAAAAUGCAGCGCAAACGCGAGGAAUACGAGGAGCUGAUGAACCUGAUUGUCGAGCGUACCGAAAUGGCUUCCAAGAAGGCCAAUGAAAAUCUGAAGAUAAUCAUUCCGAAGACCCCCAAGGAAGUGCGACCAGUUCCGCCUGGCAUGGUACCCGACAUCUACGAGGAUUUCAUCAUUCGCGAGCAUAGUCAUUACGAGGAAUAUAUGGAAAAUUACUUCCAUCCGAAGAAAUUGGACAUUUUCCCUUACGAGAUAAACCUCAGGGAGCACAUCAUUGUCGGUGGAAUCUAUUCGUUGAUGUUCGUAGAGGCACCCGGUCAGACGCAGUUCCAGAAUUUCAACAUAGUACUUCACCAUGAUCGACGUGUGCUUCGCAUUAAUCCAGAUGUGGUUGUGGAUAUGCCGGGAAACGGGUCGACCGGGUCGUCCAAAUCGCUUGACCCCAGAGCAAACCUGAAUGACAACGAGCAACCUUACUUCAUUGUCACAGUCAAGUUGCCGCCGGGUUUGUGCAAGUACGGCAAACCGAACGUGUGCUACUUCCUUACCGAGCCACAGAGGAUCUCAAAGGCGGCUGUUUCUAGUUUGAGGGCCAGCCUAUUCGAUAGCCGUCGUCUAUCGAGGGAGCCGUCCAGCGACAACAUAUCGACCAUCAGCAAUCGAUAUUCGUCCAUUAUCAAGUUGAUCACAAGGCAACCGAAAUACUUUCAGAGCGAUGAGAGGAACGACGCAAUGGACUUUGAACUGGAUAGACCCCUGGACAAGUGCGAGAUGAGGACCCUGACUACACACUGCUUGCCCCGUAUUAUCUCCUCCUUCAAGUUCCCCCUGGAAUUCAAUGACGGUGAAGUUACCGACACUAUUCGAAAGCGGACUAACUUGAUCAAACGCAAUGACACUACCGAAGUAUCAGAAAUGGCUCUGAAUGAAGGCGACUAUGACUAUAGUGUGCAGGAUCAGGCGGAAAGGAUGUUCCCUUGGUUUCCGGAUGUAUUGCCGGUACAAUUUAGCCCUGACGACAGCGGACCGUGCAACAAAGUAUUAGCAAGUGGUGUGGUCUGCGCCCUCGACGAAAUCAAGCGGCAAUACGAGGAGAAGCCGCUGGAAUUACUCCAGCAGGUGGAACCCGUAAGCAAAAAGGACAAGAAAAUGGAUCGUUCUGAUAACUCAGAGCGGCUGGAAUUUAAAACGGAUGGCAUUAACGGGCAGGAACCCAGAAAGGCCAAUUCUUUGACUACUGCAACAUUGCCAAAGGGACGCCGAUCGCUUCAAAAGCUGAAAAAGACUCCAUCCAUCAGUACUGCUAGUCCAGAGAUGGUUUUCACCUCCGGCAUGGUGAGCCACUGGACAAGCAAAUAUAUCAUGGAUGAGAGUUUUGAUCCCACAACCGAGACACUCACGUUUAAAACGGACCGCCUGGGGAUGUUCGGGUUGGCCUUCAAGCGCUACGAGCAUUUCCCCUUCAGGGAAUGGUGUCUCAAGGCGAACGAGGACAAUCCAGAUGAGGUAAUUUUCACCCUGAGCACCCACCACGUGAGCAUGUUCUUUUACAUCUCAUCCCAGGGCGUGCGUGGUUUCGUAACCGAUCUGACCACCGGAUAUAUCGCCAAUCCAUUAAAAUAUCUUGAGAUCAAGGAGCCUAUUUCCGACUUUCAUCAGCUCCGCCAGACUCUUGUGGACAAGAAUUUCAACAUCUUUGCAGAAACCGAUGCCAGCUUCUAUAUCUCAAAUGGUUACUUCUCCGUCAAGCAUUUGGCCUCUGAAAUUCACACCUACAAUACGAUGGCAUUGCACUGUAGGUCCAUGAAAUUCGAUCGAUCCAGCUGGAAUCGAUUGUCAGACCGUCGGGACAUCAUCAUGAACAUGAAAAUUGCCAAGGACACUUCAGAUUUCACCGCGGUGACGAUGCGAAUUACGCCGGAGAAGACUACCUUUGUCAAUGUCUCUGAGAUGUGUUCCGACAACGUUAACGACAUCAAGCUUAAGUAUGAGGAAACUUGGCGAAAUGUCAACAAUUAUGUUGACUUAAAUUCGGCAAUUCUUUCGAUUAAUCCCACUGCUCUGGAUACAUGUAAUAAAUCAACAAUGCUCUUUAUUUACAUCAAGAGGCUUUUGAGUGAGAUUCGACCAUUGAGCUACGCUUAGCUGUUCCAAAACUUUCUCCAUAAACUUUACAACGAUUCCUAUCCUCUCAAUAAAGUAUUAAAAAAU